GAAUAUACUGUCAGUACUCGUUACGGAAGCCCCGCCUAUUUCUUUCACUUCCGGCUCAGGGCUUUUCCUGAAGGAAGAGAAGAAGAAGAAGAAGAAGAAGCCGGAGCCGACCGGGGAUGGUUCUGGCGGUGGCGCUAGCUUCUGGUGUGGGAGCCGCGACCUGACGUUUAGCCUGAAGGUAGCAGUAAUGCUAACACUGGCAAGCAAACUAAAGCGAGAUGAUGGUGUCAAGGGAUCGCGGACAUCCAACUCAACAUCUGAUUCUACUCGAAGAGUAUCAGUUAGAGAUAAAUUGCUUGUCAAAGAAGUUGCAGAACUUGAUGUAAAUUUACCUUGUACCUGUGAGGUGAAAUUCCCUGACCCAAAUAAGCUUCACUACUUUCUCCUAACUGUAAACCCAGACGAAGGUUAUUAUCAAAAUGGAACAUUUCAGUUUGAAAUUGAGGUACCUGAUGCCUAUAAUAUGGUGCCUCCCAAAGUAAAGUGUUUGACCAGAAUCUGGCAUCCCAACAUUACUGAGACAGGAGAAAUCUGUUUAAGUUUAUUGAGAGAACAUUCGAUUGAUGGUACUGGCUGGGCUCCAACCAGAACCUUAAAGGAUGUUGUUUGGGGAUUAAACUCAUUAUUUACUGAUCUCUUGAAUUUUGAUGAUCCUUUGAAUAUUGAAGCUGCAGAACAUCAUUUACGUGACAAGGAGGACUUCCGAACUAAAGUUGAAGAUUACAUUAAACGCUAUGCAAGAUGAUGAAGGGAGAUGGAUGGCAGGACCAUGGAUUGUGUAUGCAAUGUUGACUUGAUAACUUCUAGGCAACAAAACACCUGGAAUGUACUCGUCCUGUGUCCAUGUUCUUCUGAAGACGAAAACAAGCUUCAUAAAAGUCCAUGUGAAAUGGAAAGUUCACUGUCAAUACAGCAAGAAAAUUGUGUACGUUGGUUGAAAAAAAAAGUUUGCUUAACUCCUAACUAUGUUUUCUCUUCUGAAAUUGUACUGUAUAUCCAGAAUUGAGAUAUGCUUGAGACUUUAAAAAAAUCACUAAGGCUAUUUACACAAUUUAGAAUUUUCUUCAUGGCUAGAGAAAAUGAAUGGUAUGUUUACUGGAACACUUAAAAAUUGGCAAUAGAAAUGGUCUUCAUAAGAACCAAAACAUAGAAAUACAUGCCUUUGCAAGUACUGAAGUAAGACAAUAUCUGCAUUGAGCAAAGGUAAUUACAUGAAGUUACACCUUCUGUUGAAGUUCUUCUGUUUAAUUUAAAAUUGCUGCUUUCUAUUCAUCUUUUGCCUACAGUAUUUUUAGUUUGCAUUUACUGUUCAAGGCACUUACUGAAGCCAAGGCUGAUUCGCUAGCCUACUUCCAAAUGUAGUGUAUCAUUUGAAACACACACACACACACACACAUUUGACAUGCAAUGAAAGGGAAAGUAGUUAUUUUUAAAUAAUACCUUUUAAACUUUUAGAUUCUGCUGUAGGGAUUUGAUAUUUCAGACUGUUAUGUAAAAAAAAAAGUAAAUGUGAAGUUUCAAAUAAUCACUUGGGAGAACAAUCCAAAGCUCCAGAAGCUAAUCCACAUGAGUCAUUCAGUGCACAUUGCAAGUGUGUUAUGACACUCACGGAAGCCAAACCUUUUGUGGCAAAGGUAGGGUGUAUGGAGAGUGGUUUUAAAGCCUAUUUAGCUAGCUAGCUUUAUAUCAAAGAAUGUAUAUAUGAGAUUGCAAAGGGACAGAGGCACAUGUACCUCAGGAACCAGUUUGAAGCAAAUGCCACAUACAACAACGUGUGCUUAUUGUUUUGCCCUAGUUCUUCCUAAUAUGUUAAUCAUAAUUUAUGCCCAAUAUUGGUUCUGUGUUUGACCUGGGAUUCAGUGGGGAGAGAGAGAGAGAGAGCCAUGGUCAUCAAAUAAUAUUAUUUAAGAUUCAUACAGCAGAAGUGAAAUGUGUUAUUAAUUACCAUGAUAAAUUACCACCAAAGCCUAAAAUGAAUAAAUGUUUGUGUAGUUUCAUACA